AUGACCUCGCAAGGAGCCAGCAACAACGAGCGAUUGAUUGCUGCCGCUCGGUCCGACAACGAAGACCUGCUGGUGGAGAUAUUUGAGAACGGGGACUUCGAUAUUAACUACCAGGACGGAUUGGGCAAUACCGCUCUGCACUAUGCGUUCGUUGCAAGCUACGGCUCUACGACUGUCCUUGAACACAUACUAUCUCACGACGACUGCGAUGUCGACCCUAUCAAUAGACUUGAAGGCGCAACUCCACUGCACCUCGCCGUAAAGCUAGAAGACCACGACCUGAGAAAUGAAGUAGUAGAAAGCUUGUUGGAUGCAGGUGCAGACGUUACAAUCAAAGACAAAAACGGAGAAACGGUAUCAGAUCUGCUGUCUCCAACAUCCGAAGCAGACGCGGAUGUUCGUGCUCUCAUACGUAAAUCUCAAGUCUCUGCUGCGGUUUCUGCGGACGAUGUUGCUAGCGAUAGUGAAGGGGAACCUGGCUCGGGGUCCGGUUCCGAUGAAGAGUAG